CUGACAUUGACGUAAAUCUUGUUUAGGUUUUGAUUUUGUUAAGUUCCUUAUGGUUUAAUAAAUCUCGUAGUUAAAAUGGAUCCAGCGCUUUUAAAAGAGAGAGAAUUAUUCAAGAAAAAAGCCUUAACCACACCAACGGUUGAAAAGAAAAAGGCAGAAUCCAAACCUGAACCUUCUAAAGAUGAAAAGAAAAAAUCCAAACCAUCAGUCAGUAGUAAUAGUGCUCCUAAACUUGACAUUAAUACAUACAAGACAUCUACUGGAAGUACUCAAUAUCGUUUUGGAGUCCUAGCAAAAAUUGUUAAACAUAUGAAAACUAGACAUCAAGAUGGAGAAACUUAUCCAUUGACACUAGAAGAAAUUCUCGAUGAAACAAAUCAACUUGAUGUUGGCAACAAAGUUAAACAAUGGCUGCAAACUGAAGCACUUUUAAACAAUGUGAAAAUAGAAGCCACACCUGACGGCAAGUUUCUUUUUAAGUCACUGUAUAAGUUAAAGGACAGAAAAAGUUUAUUGAAACUAUUAAAACAACAGGAUUUAAAGGGUUUAGGAGGAGUUUUGAUGGAUGAUGUUCAAGAGUCACUUCCACAUAGUGAAAAGGCUUUAAGGAUAUUACAAAACCAAAAUGAAAUUAUUUUCAUAACUCGGCCUAUGGACAAACGAAAAGUAUUAUUUUAUAAUGAUAGAACUGCAUCGCUACCUAUUGAUGAAGAAUUUCAAAAAUUAUGGAGGUCAGUUGCUGUAGAUGCAAUGGAUGAUGCUAAAAUAGAAGAGUAUUUGGAUAAGCAGGGUAUCCGUUCUAUGCAAGACCACGGACCAAAGAAACCCAUGGCCCCAAAAAGAAAGAAACCUGGUACAAGAAAGAAGACAUUCAAGAAACCUCGCGAUAACGAACAUUUGGCUGAUGUAUUGGAAACAUACGAGAAUGAUACACUGACACAGAAAAAUUCCGUGUAGAUGUAGAUUUUAGAUGAAUUUAUUUAUUAGUUGGCCUUUAUUAGUCUUAUUGAUAUAUACUAUUAUAAUUUUUAAUAAAAUAAAAAAGAAAACAGUAAAUAAGUUGUUA